AUGAGUUCCGCCGAAGACUCAACACCCAGUCCCGACCUCGACCUCGGCCUCGACAUGGAUCUCGACUUUGACUCGGCCCCGGAGGCUUCUGCUCUGCAGGCUGUCGCCGACAGCAUGGCCGCCGAAAACGCAAACACCACCACUACCACCCACAUGGCUUCCAGUGACAACCAUGACAUGAGCGGCAUGGACACCUCUGAGGACAAGCACGACGCUUCCUCGCCAUCACCGGCUGCUGAAGAUCGCGGCAGCCCCACCCCCAGUCAGAACGGCAAGAAGCGCCCCUCGACGUCGUCCGCAGCCGAAGACCCCAACGCGCCGCCAGCAAAGGUGACAAAGCGAAGGGCGGCGAGGGCCUGCGUGAGCUGCCGCGCGCGCAAGGUGCGAUGCGACGUUGUCGAGGGAGCGCCUUGCGGAAACUGUCGUUGGGACAAUGUCGAGUGCGUUGUGCAAGAGAGCCGGCGUCGCAAAAAAGCACUGCUCACUGCGAGCACGGCGGUUGCAGUAGCCGAGGCUCAGCUGCGGGCGAAGGGGAGCGAAGGACAGCACCACCAAUUACAUCAGCAGCACCCGCAUCACCAUGCACUGCACCAGCACCCCAGCCUCGCCCCUGCGACGGCCAACGUGAACAUUCAGAGCAACGCCGAACUGCGACACGCCAGCAUUGCAUCGGCCGCCUCGAUCGGUUCGAUGGGCGCGCCAGCUUCAGGCCAGACUGGGGCCGGUGUGGAGGGCGGCCCGCUAAACGGAAUUUCCGGCGGUGCCGAGGGGACCACUGUGUCUCCUGACGGGCACGUUCCGCACAUGAUUUAUCAACAAUCUGCGCUCCGCCAGGAUGCCAAUGCUACAGCUACGGCCAAUGCCAAUGCCCACCUCCUCAGCAAGCUGCAGGCCGCAGCGGCACAAGACACAAACGCCCGUCGUCUGCUGGCCAACCUCCUGACCCGCGCCCAGGCCGUCACAUCAUCAUCGGCCGCCGCAGCAUCGUCAUCAUCAUUCUCAUCACAGACUUCCUUUGGCGACCUGCGAACCAGUCAGUUCCUUGCCUCGCUCGAGGAGCCAGAUCUCCAGGCGCAGCUGCCAGCCUUUGUCAAACCACUGCCCGCCCGCAUCGCCUCAGAGGAUGUCAAGUACCUCCACACCAAGGGUGCGCUCUCCCUGCCGCCGCUGCCUCUCCAGACCGCCCUCCUCCAGGCGUACGUCGAAUACGUUCACCCCUACAUGCCCCUGCUCGACCUGCGCGAGUUCCUGGGCGCUGUCAAUGCUCGUGAUGGCCUGUGCGGCCAGGUCAGCCUGUUCCUCUACCAGGCCAUCAUGUUUGCGGCUACGGCGUUCGUCGACAUGAAGGCUCUGAAAGAGGCAGGCUAUUCCACUAGGAAGGCCGCUAGGCGAUCGUUCUUCUCCAAGACCAGGCUUCUCUACGACUUCGAUUACGAGUCCGAUCGCCUCGUCCUCGUCCAAGCUCUGCUGCUCAUGACCUACUGGUACGAGACGCCCGAUGAUCAGAAGGAUACUUGGCACUGGAUGGGCGUCGCCAUCUCCCUCGCCCACACCAUUGGCCUCCACCGCAACCCCGCCACGACAAGCAUGCCCCUGCGCAAGCAGAAGCUGUGGAAGCGCAUCUGGUGGUCCUGCUUCAUGCGUGAUCGUCUUGUCGCCCUCGGCAUGCGCCGUCCCACCCGCAUCAAGGAUGAGGACUACGACGUGCCCAUGCUGACUGAAAGCGAUUUCGAGAUUGAGCUCCUCGCCGAAGAGAACCACGCCGUCCCCGCCGAGUGCACCCUUGUCCGUGACAUCGCCAUGCAGCAGGAGCUGGCGUCCAUGUGCGUCGCCAAGGCCAAGCUGUGCAUCUGCAUCAGUCACAUGCUCAAGGCCCAGUACUCGGUCCUCAUCCGCGACAAGAUGCGCCCCGACAACACUGUCAACAGCACCAUGAUGCUGUUCCCCAACAAGAAGCUCGACAACUUCGAGAGCGUCACAUCGGUGGACCUCGAGCUCAUGGCCUGGGCGGAGGCUCUGCCCCAGAACUGCCAGUAUCGGCCCCUGACGCCGCUCGAUGUCAAGAACGGUCGCUCGACUCUUGCCGUCCAGCGUACUCUGCUGCACAUGGUCUACUACACAACCAUCUCUGCCUUGCACCGACCGCAGUUCCUCCCCUCCUCUCCGAGCCAGGCACCGACUGCCUCGCGCCAGGUCCAAGAAAUGUCCCGCCUGCGUGUUCGUGAUGCCGCCAUGCACAUCACGCGCAUGGCCUCCGAGCUGCACCAUCUACGCCUGGAAAAGUUCCUCCCGACCACCGGUGUGACUGUUAUUCUGCCUGCCAUGAUCAUCCACCUUCUCGAGAUGAAGAACCCCAUUGCUCAGGCUCGUGACCGCGCCAGCCGCGGAUUCAAGCAGUGCAUGCGUGUCAUGGAGAAGCUGCGCGAAAUCUACGCCGCCGCUGACUACGCCACUGGUUUCCUCGAUGCCGCCCUCAGCAAGGCUGCCAUUGAUAUUGGUGCCGGCGCCGGUGCUCAGGCUGCCGCCGUGACGCAGCAGAAUCUCAAGAUGGCCGACCCGUCGUUCGGCGCGCAGACACCCCCGCCCGAGAACGCGCCCUACAUGACCUCUUCUGAAGCCCUCUUUGCCAAGCCGAACCAGGUCGCGCAGGCCACGAACAACACGAACAUGGUGCUUCCGCAGACCAUCAACGCGGCGGCCCUCGAUCUCUCGGCGUCUCCGCCAUCGACGGACAAGGACCUCGAGUCCUCCCUGGGUGGACUCACCCCGAGCGCGAGCGGAGGGUCCGAGGAGCCGGAGCUAUUGGACCUGGAUUUCCUUCAGGGUCAGGAUGACAUUGACUGGAACGCCAUGGCGGGCACAGAGCUUGACAUGGACCAGUGGCUGCAGUUCCCGCCUGAAGGCGUGAACAACUCUGACGAGGGCCUUGUGGCCAACGUUUUCGGGGAGGAGGGCAUGCAGGAUGCCAUGAACUGGGCAGCUGCCGGGGCUGGUGACGUCAAGGCCGAGAUGGCAGCCGCCGCAUGA